UUUGUAGAUGGCGUCUCUACGUAAGAAAUAAUUUGUGGUGAACGAUGAUGCGCGUUGAAAGUUGUAACACUUUAUGUUGAUAGUGAUGUGGAAGUUUGUAAUAGUGAAAAUAUGACGAAGAUAACUCCAUUUACUAAAAUUUCUUUUUUAGUUUUUACAAUAAUACUUUGUGUAAUACCAGAAUGCUCGUCUAUACUUUCUGAUAAAAGAUUAUGUUAUGACCCAAAGUGUUCAGAACCUGUAUCAUUGGCCAGGACUACAUUGACAUAUGUAGCUGGAGAAAAAGGAAUGGUCACCGUGCCUGUGAGUACUAUUGUAACUGUUUACAGUAAAGGUGCCGGUAAAAGACCAGAUUUAUGGGGUGUAGAGUUCAACGGUAAUCGUGGAUAUAUACCAAAAAAUUUUCUAAAGGAAUAUAAAGUUUUAAAGAAAAACUUGACUUACGAAGUACCUACGGAAACUGUAAAUAAUAGUAAAAACAACAAUGAUAAUAAUUAUAACGAUAUCAGUAAUUUAAAAGAUAUUCCAAUAAAAGAUAAUGAAAAUAAACCUGACUCUAUUCCAAUAUAUAGUAGUCCUCCUAAUGCUAAUAUAGAUGCAUCUGUUCUAACUGCCAAGGAAGAAAAUACGGAGCAAUCUAUGAAUGAAAUAGUAAUCGAUGGUACUACAAUUCCGAUUAAUAACGAAGAAUCUACCGAACCGAAUAAUGCUUCCGUUAUAGAAGCUACACCUUUAUUGAAUAGUAAACAAGCAGAAGAUAAUGUUAAUACAGACAUAAAACCAACUGCAACGCAAAUCGAAUUAAAUAUUCCAACCACACCACAGCAAGAAACUGAAAUAUCUAAAGAAGAAGAAGAAUUAAAAAUUGUUACUUACAGCGAUACUUUAAAUACAUAUAUUGAACCGAAUAAAUCUAUAGUUGAAUCACAAUUAAAUGAAGAUAAUAAUAAUAAUAAUAAUGAUAUUACAAAUUUUUCAAAUGUCGAAUCGACAGAAGAAGAGAAAAAAGAUAAUAUAGAUUCUUUUUUUUCCUACGUGGAAAAUGAGAAGGAAAAAAUUAACAUAGAUUCUUCUAAGUUUGUAUCGGAACAUGAGCAGGAGAAAAUUAGUGUAAGUUCUUUAAAUAUUGAAUUAGAAAAUAAAGAGAUUGAACAUGAUACGAUAUCUUUAACUGUUAAAUCAGAAGAAAAUGUAAAGAUAAAAGACAAUUUAGAAUCUUCUACUUCUGAAUCAGAAUAUAAAUAUGAUAAUAAUAAUGAUAAUGUAUUUCCUUCGAUUAUUGAGUCAGACAGCGAAGAAACAAAUGAAAACAAAUCAGUGAUCGAAGAAGAAAUAAAAAUUGAAAAUAAUAUUAUUGAAAAUACAAAUGAUACAGAUUAUUUGUUUUCUCAAACUGAAUCACCAAAACAAGUAGAAGUAGAAGAUAAAAUGGAAAAUGUACAUAACUUAGACACUUCAAACAUGGAUCGAUCAAAUGACAUGGUAUCAACAAUAAAUAGCUCUGAUGGUUCUAACGUGUCCGAAAAUAUUUCCAAUGACAAAGAAAAGGUGGAGCAAUUUGUAAAUGAGAAGGACGGAGAAACUACGAUGGAAGGAAAUAAUCAAAUGGAAGUGCAAGAUAGCCAAAAUAAUAUUGUAAAUAGUGAUGUAAAUAAGGAUAACGUCAAAGAAAAUACGUCUAGCUUUGGUGAUGUUCCUAUGGAAUUGAAUAUAGUAUUCGAAGAUAAUAAUAAACAAUUACAUAGCGAAGAACCACAAUCUAGUCAAAAUGAUGCAACGGAUAUUAUUUCAGAACAAAUCUUCCAUGAAUUUCGUAAUAAUCGAAAUUUGUUACUUGUGGAAGAAAACGUGAUACCUGACAAAACUGAGUCGCAAAUAGAUGAUGUGCAGAAUAAUACAGGUGAUUCAAAGACUGAAAACUUACCUAAAUAUGAAGAUAUCAUAAAUAUCGAGGAUAAGUUUUUGCCUGAGAUGGAAGAUAAAGAUAAAAUAGAAGAUGAAGUUUUAUUUAAUAAAGAUACGGAGGAUCUUAAAAAAAGCGAAGAUGUAACAUUUCUUACUACAACACAAAAUAUGCACUUUUCUGAUGUUUGUACAGUGGAUAGUGAAUGCAUAAAUAAUGGUGAUACAAAUUAUGGUUUUAUAUCGCAAGAUAAAGAAUCUGUUCCCGAAAGCAGUAUUAUGAGAACGAUAAAAGUAGAACACACGUAUUGGGUUACACUGUUGUAUUUAAGUAUAACCGCUAUUACUACACUUGUGUUUUCUUUAGGAUAUUAUUAUAUCGAGAAUAUGAGGAGAGAUGGUCAAUUGAUAGCAAAAAUAAAUAAAUUAGAAAAACAAUUAUUUAUUUCUACAAAAGAAAGUUUAAUGUUGGAUGAACAUUUGAAAUCAACCAAAAACGAGUUAUGCUCUGUGCAAGAUAAAUCAUUUGGAUCUAACGAGAUGGUAUUGUCUUUGAAAACCGAAUUGGAGCUUUCGCAGAAAGUUAAUGUUGAACUAGAAGAACAGAUUGCUAUGUUAGAAAAAGAUUUAGAAAGUGCAACCGAAGCAGGAUUAGAAUUGGAACGAAUGCUGAGAGAAGUUCUUUCAUCCAACAACGAAGUUAAUCCAUUGACUCAAUCGGUAGAGGAUUUACAAGCUCGUUUAAAUGUUCAACAAAAUGCUAAUAAAUCCUUAACUAAUGCCCUCAAUGUUAAAACUCAAGAGAAUGAAGCUUUGUUGAUAGAUCUUAACACUAUGAAGAAAAAAUACGGAGAACUGGAUACUGAGCUUAUACGCAUAACAGAAGAAUUUAGAAUUGAACUGAGCAAAAGAAAUAAAAUUCAAGAGAAUUUAAAUGAACUAAUUCAACAAUUGGAAGUACAAAUUACACAACUUUCUAUGGAUAAAGUUAAUUUAUACAAAGAAUUAAAAAUUAAAGAAGCAGAAAUGAAAGAUCUCGUGGAAGUUAUUAACCAAGUUAAUUCGAAUAAUUUAGAUAUUGAAAAAUUAUACGAAGUAUCUCAUGUCAAAGCGGAAGCAUCUCAACUUCUAGAGGAAAGAAAUGAUUUAAAGAUACGUUUAAGCGAAGUCGAAGGAGCUCAUAGUCUAUUGGAAGAACACAUGAAACUUGUUAAAGAAGAAGUAUCUUCGUUGAGCGAACAGUGUAAAGUUGCUGAAAAAGAAAAACGAGAUGCAGAAACACGACUUGAAGUUAUAUCUAACUUUUUCAAGGAAAAGGAAGCUCAACGACAAAAAGAAGAAGCAUUAUGGUUGCAAAAACAAGGCGAAGUUACUUCUACAGUAGAAAGAAUACAAACGAUGCAAAAUGAAAUACAAGGAUAUAAACAACAAAUAGAAAUGUUGAAACGUGAAAUAGUGGAUCAAGAAAGGGAAUAUAAAAGUCAGAUAUCUAUUCUUGAAACAAAGGCACACGAACAAUGGGUAACGGCACGACAAAACGAACGUCGUUUAGAAGAAUCUAAGGCAGAAGCGGGACAAUUACGUAAUCGUCUUACGCUUAUAGAAAAAAAUCUAAGUGAUGCAGAUGCCGAUACAAAAUUACAUCGCUUGGAAGCAAAUGGAGAGACUACAACGUCACCUCCAUUAUUCAUAGGCGCAGAAUCAUCCAGUUCUCCUAUAAUGUUUACUGGUUCUUCAGGUGUUCCACCUCCACCACCUUCAUUCAUGCAUCCUUCGCUUUUCCCUACAUACCUACCACCACCUUUGCCUUCCGGCUCAGGAUUACCACCUUACGAUGUUGGACAACGACCACCGCCUUUGGGUGGUAGAUUAUCUUCUCCACCUCCUUUACCAUUACAUCCUCAUCCGUCUGGCAGGUAUGACAAUGCAGAUUCACCGCCACCUUUGAUAUCUCCACCUUUGUUACUUCCUUUCAAUCAUAGAUCACAUCCACCCCCUUUUGCUAGUGAUCAUAUGCAUCCUCCUCCACCACCUCCUCCACCUGGUUCGAUAUUACUACCACCCCUUGGAACGUCGCAUUCAUGGGGGGAAGAAACACUGCAGCCCCCACGCAAUUCUGGUUAUCACCCACAUCAGCGAGAACAACGUGCUCGCAACCACAAAGGUUCCUUGCACUCGUCUGGGGAGUCAUUGGAUAAGUCACAUCAUAGUGGAAAAGUAUAAAUUUUAUAUUUUAGUCUAUAACAACCCUAUACAAAAGGCCAAAUCUAUUACUAUUAUAUAUAGUGACAGAUUCAUUGUAUAACAAUUUUCAAUAAACAUUUCACAAGAGAGCAUAGUAUAUAAUAUAUACUAUGAGUCUCUUUUAAGCAUUUAUAUCCCAUUGAAGUUAAUAUAAAAAAAAAAGGAGGAGGGGAACGCAAUAAAUAAAAUAAUAGAAACGUUACAUUUUCCAUUAGGACAUAUUUUGUUAACGUUGUUUAUUAUCCGAUUAAUCGUAUAAUAAAUAUUAUACUAUUA